GUAACGGCCUGACCAAAGGGCAGAAAACUCUAGGCCGUGUAAUAUUUUUUUUCCCUCCCCGAUUUAAAAAAACAAAAUAUUUCUCUAAUCUGUUUUCUCAUUCUUGGAUCACGGCGAGUCGGUUGUGUUUUUGUUUUCAACGUGAAUGCAACAUUUUUCCAUUGAAAUUUGGUGUUUUAUUGCAAGUGUUCGCAACGACGGGUGUUGUAAAACAAUCAACGUUACACAUGUGUGAAAUGUGAUGUGUUGUGUGCUUAGGCUUAUUCUUUGGAAGAUAUCUAUAUCUUUGAAAGAUGCUUUGCAGUUUUGAAAGAAAAAACAUAAUUUUACUGAAGAAUAUUCUCUAAUGUAAUAAAUCUUUGCAUAGUCUAUUCGUUUGCAACAUAAAACGCGAACUUUACUUUUAACGAAACAUUGACUGCAUAAUUUAUAACAUCAACGAAAACUUGAACACAAACUGUAUACAAAGGGGAGAGAAUUGAGAAGGGGAGUGAACUCCGAACUCUGCCCUGGAAAUUCACACAACUCUCGAGUGAAGGUUUUUCUAAAUGUUGUGUGAGGAUUCUACACGGCAUGUCAAUUAACGUGAACACCGGCUACAGCUGGGCGGUGUUGCCCGCAGCUGGGAUGUUGUAGACACAGCUGGCAGCUAAACAGGGAUUAUCUACACCUGAAGGAUGAAGAAGCUCGCCAUUAAUCUGCUAAAGACUGCUGACGAAAAGCUGCGCAACAUUGGGAAAAACAACAACCAAUCUGCGACAGUCGUUCAGACGCAGAACUUCACCUUCUACAAAAGCCCGCCCAAGCGGGACAUUGAACCACAGCAGACGCCACAGCAUCGGCAGCUCCAGCAGCAACCAGCAGCACAGCCAGAGAAGAAGGAGCCGAGCGUCGCUGACUCUGGCUCCGGUCAGCCCAACGCGAUGGCCGAGCGCGCCAUUGCUCGACAGGGUCACCGUGACCGUAACGGUCUCCGCGCAGCCGUCGAGCUAGAGCGCGCUGAAAUCAAAAGACGGUCGAGGAGUGAAGGCCCGAAUAGAAGAGUUCGCCAGUCUAUGGAUGAAAGGGAAGGCGGGAAAAAGCAGACGUACGACGGCGGCGGUAGAUUCCCGCGCGAGCUCGACUCCCCCGAAUCAGACGACAGCGCUGACGUCAUUCGAGCAACCGGAAGACCUGAUUCCGACUCGGACAGCGAUCCGAAAAAAUGGACCAAAAAUCCGUUGAUCGUUCGGAGAGUCAAGAGAUCGGAUAAGAAAGACGUUGAUAAACGUUUCAGCGGGAAUGAAAACGGGGCGUCGCCAAAGCUACGCGAGAGUUUCUACCACGGAGCAGAGCAGGACGCGAGCAGUGGAAACUCUGGAUCCAGGGACGGUGGGAGCAGUGGUAAAGGGAGCAGUAAGUACCAGAAGUUGGAGGAGAUGCGGAAACGAAGGUUGAACUUGUCCGUCACGUCGGAUGAAGAAAGCACUCCAGCCUCGAGGAUUUCCAGACUGCGUCAGCGAGCGAUCCAAAGCGGGCUUGGCGAGCAGUCGAAAUCUAACAUCCAAACUAACCAGCAGCCCGUUAAACCGAUUGACGUCAACCAAUACGAUAACGUCCGUGGUCUCCGGCAACUACAACGGCCACAGUCCGAACAAAAUCCUCCGAAUUAUAUUUCGUCCGGUGGUCAAAACGUCUCCGGAAAUAAUUUAGGAUCGGGAAUUUCCCGUCCUACAUACACGGGUCGGUCGCCAACGACGACGGCCGUUCAGUAUAACCAGUCUCCUAGCAACCAGAAUUUCAACUCUAACUUUCAGACUGCGCAGACGAACUUUCAGCCAACCUCCAGGAUACCAGUAGCAUCGCCGCAGACAGAGAGAAGCAGAAACUCCUUUCAACCGCCAGCAACUAGCGCCCAGCAGAAGCAGAUGUUUAGCCAACCAACUCCGGCACCAAAACAAGCCCCGGCCCGACCACCCCCACCCAACAUUUCAGGGACCCGUCAGUCGUUCUACACGAUCCCCGAACCCCACCUAUCCCAAACAUCUCGCGGCCUGUAUAACAGUUCCCCGGAAGUAGUUCCCCGUAGAUUCACAACCCAGGUUCGUGUACCGUCAGCUGAUUCUAUCCUAGAACCCACGUCAUCGGUUACCUUUGACCAGACACAACGACCGGUCUCCCAAUUCAACGAAGUGGUUGAGCUACGACUUAAAACUUCUCGCAAUGACAAACCAACACAAAAACUUAUCAAAAGCAGCCCGGCUAAAGCCAAUUUAUUCGGUACAAGUGAUGAUUCAUUAGACGAACUCAUCGAAUCCAAUAUUCAAUAUUUAGACAGUGAAAUCGACAAAGCUAAAGCGAAACGUACUUCACAGAUUAACGUGUCGCGGUCGUCUAGUUUACCCGACCCUCGUAGACUGACAAACCACGCCUCCUCGGCCCCCGUCUUAAACGAGCAACCAUCCAUCCAAGUCCAGGCCAGUACUAGCAUACAGUUUCACGUCUCAUUACCGCAAGAAUCUAGACAAAACAUAAACGUCACCGGCCCUCCGCUGAUAAAAAUAGCGCCGUCUAACGCAGUUGAAUACCAACCCGCGUAUGGAUACGAACAGCAGUUAAGGUCACAACCUGAUGUAGUCCCGAGAAAAUAUUCCUACGAUAGCCACUCCAGGUUGUCCAGGCCUACAAGCGAGUACUACGACAGGGACGACUUAUCCAAAUCUGACAGCCAGCUAAACGCUCAGGUCAUCCUCCCAGGUUAUAUAGGCAAAAACCUUCACCCUGACCAAGCGUACGCCAGGGGUUGUGUCAGCGACAUGAAUCUCAGAUCGGAAACAGCGACGUCACUGCAGGUACCUCAGAUGGAUAAAGGCAUGUUCUCAGAUGUAGAGUACGACAUUGAAGUCUCCGAGAGGGUGAAAAAAUGGGAGACGUUCAUGAAGGUGCAGGAUAAUCAAGAUAAGAAAAAUCUCAACCUGACUCCCAUACAAGAGCACGGCGAGAACGAUGCACUGAUGCUACCAAGCGAGGUCAGGAAAUCAGUAAUGUUGGGUAAAAACGGCGAGCUGGGCUACAACAGAGAUUCAUCCUAUCUAACACCAGCCAAACCGCGACAGUUCAGCUCUGAUACUUCCAUCAACAGGAGCGUUGAUUCAACCACGCCAAAGCUCUACUCCGUGGAGACAAACGCUCACCGAUUCUUUCAGGUCAUCCAGGAUCCUAUGAUGGGACCAAAGCUCGGAGUUCAAGCUCAGAGCGUCAGCUCGUUGUUCACCGCACCAAUCACCAUCAAAACAGACAAGCCUUUCAUGAGCGCAAACGAGCUUCGACAACAGCUUCUCUCUAAUCGACAAAAUCAGCAGCCCAUAACAAGUGGACCAGUGCCAACGCCUGGUCAAGCUGUCAUUCACUACGCGCCAGGAUACAACUCAGCCUCGUCGUAUGACGAAUCCUCAGCGGUCGUUAAACGAUCCCCGAGUUUAGGAACGCCCCGAGACUUGGCGAAACGAGGAUCAAAAUACCAGGACGAGCUGGAGGAGAUAUCUUCGGUCAAGACGGACUCUGUGGGCAACCUCAGACGGAGGUUCGAUACGGACUCGGCAAACAUGACGUCAGAAGAUGACCAAAAGUCAGUCUCUACUGCCUCGGCCCGACUUAGCCGACCUUCUAAAACUUCACCGAAAGAGCAGGAAUCUGUAGACUGGACAAAAAUGAUUCCAGGAUAUCAGCACAGGAUUAAAGACACCGAUGUCUGGUCGCCUAAUCUUGAGAGCACCCAAGGCGUACCAGUCAGCAUAGAGCGAGUCACUGCAAGAACUCUUCAGACAAUACCGUUUUCAGAAGAUCCAUUCUGGAAGGAGAUUGAAGAAAUGACGUCUUUUGAUCCCAACAGCAUGGCUGGGCACCUGAGCUCAAGCCACGAUAGAGUUACAGUCGAGCAAGUCAAAACCCAGUACCAGUUGGAACUGACCUCACCACAUAGUUCCACGCUGCCAAACCAACCCAGAACGAACCUCCUGUCAACAAAAGAACGAAUGCACAGAUCGAAAUCUCUUUACACGCCCAACAUAACACCAUUAACGAUUAACGUGGAUAAAUCGUCUUCUAACGCAGUCAGUGCAUUAGAUGAAGUUCUUGACGACAUCAGCAGAUCUUCAAUAGAACGAAAACAGAUGAGUCCAAAGAAAAGAGCAAUGGAAUCCGAAUCAAACUCCUUGAAGGGACCUAAUUAUAUGAAACCUCUGCAUGAUCCUUCACAACCAAGUUUUAAAUUUGAAGGCGGUCAGUUCAAAUUUAUUAAACCUACCACAGAACCCCAACCCCAACCCAUGAAAGCGUUUGAGAUUGGAGGGCUAGCCCAAAUGAGAAACGAACCUGUAGUGGCUAAACAACCUCUACAGUUUUACCAACGUCAACGCCAACAGAAUCAGACACAGCCGACCGUUCAACAAAAUCGCCAGUCACAGGUGAUGUCCAACAACGUAAACAACUACCAACUGGACCCGGAUCUUCUCAAACAAAAGCUUCUAAGUACGGGCUUAGUCGUCGAGACAGACACCGAAGAUACCCAGCCAGUGACGCAUUACAGAAGCGGCUCCUUAGGAAGUGCUGUCCCUUACAAACCAUACACAAACACUACAGCUUCAUAUUCAUCAGGGUCAAACCAACCCCAGUUCAACCAUGCAAAUCAACCCACAACAAAUUCAGAAUAUGUUUCUAAACCAACAGUCCCAGCAGUACAGCCAGUGUCAAGCUCCUUCAAGCCUCGACUACAGAACCAAUCGGGCACAAGUGCGCUGGAUGAAAUCCAAAAAGCUCUGGAACCAUUCAGAACGACGUCUUAUCAACCAGGACCUGAAUCGCUGUACGGAACGGCCGAGUUCGAAUCUUUCAAAAAGGAACCAAACUACGAUACAACAAGAGGGCCGCAUACCAAAUCUACAGGAUGGUCAUACCAACUACCGAAUCAACCCAAUGACAACAGAUACACCACCGAUGACUCGUCGUCUUCCUCUACACUAAAGCAAGUCCACGAGUCCAUGGAUGACCUCAAAGACUUGGCGCAAACAGUUGAAAAGAGAAUCAAUGUCAUCAAGACUAAAUUACAAAGAGCGGACGAGAAAAGUCUUGACAAUAUACUCACGUCCUUGAAAAGACUAACACCGGAAGUUAAAAAUGAAGAUCAAGAACCUUCAUCUUUUGAAGACUACUACACGACAAAAAAAUCAAAAUUAUCCGACGCCCUUCAAGAAUUAGACAGAAUAUACAAUAGCUUGGAGCUUAAUGAUAGCAUAACAAGUAUCCCUGAAAGAGGAAAAUACAAGCAGUACCGACCAAGCAAGUCUAGCGAUUAUAUCUUUGCCCCUCAGCCAAAAUCAGAACACUUGAAACCAAUGCAGACACGAAUAUCUUCCUUCUACAUCCCUGGGCUUGAGAAGAAUAAGAAAGAAGUGGACAAGGAAACAGAAUCUGAGUUCGAUAUCAUCACCAAGUCUUUUCAAGCUAUCGUUGACGAGGUCAAUCAGACGACGGACAUGUUCUCGAAAGCGGCAGAAAGGAACCACCAGGAGAACACGGCACCGGAAUCUCAGAAACAGACGUUCAAAAUUAUGCUGAAACCCGGAGAGUCUUCCGUAACCAAACCAGCUGUAACAACAUCAGCAGGCGAGGUCGUCAAGUCCACCCCAGCCGCUGGUCCUAAAACUCAAGAAUUUAAAGUCAAAUCUGGAAGGUUCAGGUCCAAGGUUCAGGACGGUGCAGGGGAAGAAGAUCCGAGCAUAAAAACAUCGCGGUCUAAAUCUGUGCCAGGGUUGGAGUCUAUGACGGUUGAGCUAGUGAAUUGUGACGAGUCACCAGUGUACACCACCGAGCCUACAGUUUCAGUAGCGGCGACUAUAUCAAAUGUUACAACCACAAACGCGAUUGGAACGCCACCUUUGACCUCAAAGUUGCGUAGCCGGGUCCGUCCCGUAAAAGACAACAAAAUAAUCCAGGACGACCGUGCGACUAGGCGGGGCAGCAACGAGAAGAUCCUGGGCAUGCCGCCGUCACCGCAACCGUCCCCGAAGGUCACCAGAAAAAUUAUAUACAACAACGGGGUUGACCUUGACCUCAAACUUCAACCUCCACACAUGUUCCAGGACGGGCAAAAAGAAGGAGCCGCGGCACCGUCAAACGUUGAACCACCAAAGUCAACAAAACCAGCAGACGAGAAACCUGCGAGCAAAGACACCACCGUCACUCCAGCAGUUGUAAUGUCUCCUGCAAACCAGAGAAAAAUCCCUCCACCAACGGCUGCCAAACCUAACACCCGUUCUGAAGCGUCCAUACCAACAGCCAGCAAAAUCCCAACCAUGACGUCCAUCUCUAAAAAAGACAGCGACAAGCAGACGUUGAAUCUGAAACUCAACACCAACAAGCCGGCCGUCUCAGACAGUAGCAGCAGCAGUAACGUCACAGUAACGUCAUCAGCAGCAUCCACCGCCAGCAUCAACCUCACACCGCCCGUGUUUGACGCCAACCAACCUAAAACUAGUUUAAGCCACUCGGCCACGUUUGACUCGGAGGGUAGUUCCAGCGGUGGACAGCGAACAAAACGCAGGCUUGGCACCGGUGUGGCGAUGAUGCUGGAUAGGUUCAACUCCUCUGAGGACGGCGUGGACAAGCUGAAGAAGCGACUCGGCACUCGCAGCGCGCCUGACCUCAGUGGAACACCCAACGAUGAUGCUGACGACAACGCAGAUGAAACCCCAAAACCGAACCCAUCUAAAGAUUCAACAGAGAACAAGCCAGUAAAUAAAUCCCCAUCACAAAUCAAACCUGGAGUUAGUCAAAUUCAAACAAAUGUUGAAAAAACGAAACCGAAUUCACUUCCAGAGUCCAAGCCCCAGCUAACUAAAGCCAACGUCGUGUCUUCUUUAGAAAGAAAACUCAUCGACCCCGAAGCGAAGCCCCAGAGCUCGGGUACAUCCUCCCCCCAGCCGCAGUCCCCAAACAAACCCCCACUCUACCCAUGGAAACGCCUGCCCUCAGACCCUGAUAAGCCAACCACAGACGGAAACCUUGAAUCUAGCAGCAUCGUUAUCAACAUCGGCUCCCCGAAAGUCGUCUCCAAAAUCACGAAAUCCAUCAGCUCUGGGAACAACACGAGCGCGUCCCCGACGGAAUCCCAGCGAGACUGUGACAGCCCUCGCGCGGGUUGCGGGUCACCUGGUUACGUCAUACGCAGAGUUCGCCCCCCUGAACGUAAAAUACAAACCGACUCGUCCAAGGACAGACCACACAGUUUUCAUGAAUUAAUCUCCUGCUUUGAAAAAGACCCAAACAGGCUGCAAAGGUUGGACAAAUUUCGAAAAUGUGCAUCAGCAGACGCCAUCAAUGCAGAAGUGAUAGUCGAUAAAGUCUUUCGAUCCGAACCGGAUUUAACAGUGCAAAUGAAAGAACAAAGUAACGGAAAAAGUGAAGUUGUAUUAAAGUUUGAGAUGAAGUUAAAAAGUUGAUUACAACUGUAUAAGUUUGAGCUAUGUAUUGUUUGGUUAACUGUUGUUAUAAUACUCUUUGUGUAUUCAUUUUUAUUCGUUUGAGAAUCUCCUUAGUAGAAUCAUAUUUAUAAAGUGUUGAAAUAGGUUUAGUCUUUAUGUUACUAGAUCUAUACAUUAUAGUUUUAUUUAUAGUUCCACAUUCAGUGUUGUUAAAAUUAGAUGCAAGAUAUUUAUACUAAAAAAAUAUUGUAAAUACUAAUAGGCCUAAUAUAACUACUAAUGCAAAUAGAUCUAAAGGGUCUAUAUAAUGCAGCAAAACUAACAACUUGUAGUAUCAGUUUGGCUUUAUAAAAUAUCAUGGCAAAAAUUAUUAUUAAAAUAACUUGAUUUUUUUCUAAUUUUAAUUUUAGGUUUCUCAGUUCAUAUUUAUUUCAUUUUAAAAAAAUAACAUAAAAUUGCAACAUACAGCUGUAUAAACAUAGAUAACAUCAUAGCACUUACCAGUAAAUUUAAUAAAACAAGUUUCAUAAAACUUGAACUGCCUUUUUUUAAAAAAUAUUUUAAUAUUGCUACUGUAAUCCUAGUCAUUUUACAUUACUUUUUUACAGUUUGUUUUUAUAACUUGAUUUUAUUUAUGUUUACUUUAGAAUAGUUUUUACAGACUAUUUUUUUCGCAGCUAACUUUGCCUAUAAACCUUGUCAAACUUUUUGCCUGACUAACUUCUCAACUUCUCUUACUGUGACUUUUAGAGUUUAGAAACCAUUCAGUCCUUGCUUAUGCAGUUUUCGACAUUUCGCAUCCAUAAAACUUUUAUAAAGUUUUUCUUGCACAAACAGGAACUCUAUGGUUUUCUGCUUAUAACUCAUCCUAUGCAAAUAAAUGUAUCCUAUUGAUUGACAUGUAAUUUUUAUUUAAAUUUUAUGUCAAUUUUUAAUUUGACUUAUUGUAAAUAGUAGCUUCUAUUUUCACUGACUGUUUAUGAAAAAAAUUUCUAAAUUUUAAUUUUCAAAUUUUGAAAUUUUAUAAAGGUCAAAUUUUAAAAUGUUAAUUUAAAAACUGUGCCUUGUAUUUAACUUAACACACUUGAUAUAAAAACAAUAUUAUCACCAUUUUGUAUAACACAAAGUUACAAAUACAUUCAUCUUAAUCUUAUUAAUAGUUGGAAUAUUUUCAUAAGGGUUUUUUUUUCAAGGUUUAAUUUCUAAACUAAAUCCAUUGUAAAAAUGUUAUAUCGUGAAAGUGAAUUGUUUGAAAGUAUAGUUAAAAAACAUGUGAUAAGUAUUGGUAAAUAAUGAAAAUAAGUUUUUAGAAGAACAAAAAAGUUACUUCAUUAUAGGGGGGUCAUUAUGUGAUAUUUAAAUCUCAGUAACCAAAUGAAGUCUAUGUAUGCUAUUGUAUGAUGGUUGAAUUACCUGAUUUGUAAUAAAUUGUACAUACAUUUUUUGGUGCUUUAGUUUCAUAAUGUCUUUUUAGUUUGGUGCUUUAAUUUAAAGAUAAAUAACUGCACCUAAAAGUACUAUCUUGUGCCUUGGUACUGUAUACUUUUGUGAUGUACAGAUGUAGUGUGUACAGGUAUUUGUAGUGUGUACAUUAUAUUACAGUGUCGUGACUACAGUAAAACAGCCAAUCUCCGUGCAAUAGACCUUACAAUAAAACAACAGUAUUGCUAUUGUUCUUUAUUUUUACUUUCUGUUUAAACCUAAUGAAUUUUAAACAAUUUACUAACUGCUUUUUUAAUUAUUAUUUUUUUAGUAAAGCAAGUAAAACAUUAAUGUAGAAGUUGUUUUUCAUUAUGUAAUGGCCUGUGGCAUUUUGAAUGGCUUUCAAAUAUAUGUGAUAAAUUUAUAUAUUUCAAUGUUUUAUUCUAAACAAUUUUGUUUUAAUUUUUAUCGAAAGCUUUUAUUUUUAACAUUACAAAUUUAUGUAGUUUAAACUGUCAAAUUAAAACAGGAAUAUUACAUUUAAAAUUCUCUAUUACAAGAAUUAGUUCCUGCAUUCAUACACUACCAUUUUGUUUACAUUUUUUUAACAGGUGUGUGUAGUAUUUAUUUAUAUUAGCUUCUCUUGUACUCGAUCAGCAAUGUAUUCAACAUAUCAAAGGGUUUCAUUGUACAAAAUACUUUGUCAAAACCCUGCAAGUAUGGUGGAGUGGACGGGAAAUUUAAGAAGUAAUUUGUGAGUAAAUUUUAUUUAUUUGUACUAGCAUGACCUGAUUACGACUCAUUAUUACCUGGCCAAUCAAAAUGUAUAAUUCUGGUGCAAUGCAUUAAAUAUAACAGGCUGGUUUGCCAUUAAUAAUGAAUGAAACAAAACUGAUGUGUUCUUGUUUUUUUUUUCUUAUCAAAAUAUUCUGUGUUCAUGUUUUUAUUUGUGAAGCAUUCUGUCAUUUUGUUUUAUUUUUUGUUCAAUAUUAUGUGUUCAUGUU